AAGUGGGUCGCCCCUUUAUUUUUUUUUGGACUUAUAUAUAUUGUACCGAGUAUCCUCCUCGUUCAAAAUACAUAGUGUAGUCGUGAGUGAUAGAUUUCUCUUCGCAUUGGUAGAGGACAUACGUAGAGUCUACGCGUCAGCAGAUCAACAAAGAUGCCUCCACGUGGUGGUCCCCGACCUCCAGCAGCAAACAACGCCCGCCGCGGUCGUUCCCCGAACUUGUUUCAGAGUUAUUUUUCCAUUGUUCUAGCAAGAACGCCAUUUGGCACGAUCCGAUUAACGAGACAUUUUAGUGCGUGGACCGGUCUGCUGUCCUUGAUUUUCUUAUGACUGAGUCAGCUCUACUAGAACUUGCUUUGUAAUUUUGUGUUGUUGUGACAAGAACUUCUAUUAGCAACUUCUUUUUAGUGCUCUGGAUCUAUUGACAUAUUUUUUUGUUCGAGAGAAUGUCCGAUUUGGGUCUUAUUCGGUCUCAAUCAAACUUCUUAAUACAACUCUACGCUGACGGCACUAUUUCCUUCCAUGAGUUCUGUUAGCACUUUCCUUGUUCCUUUUUUUGCUUUGUCCUUCCAACAGCACCGACCUCUCUACUACUAACUUGUGCCGUAGCUUCCUUCCUCGUGUAUUGGUACACAGGGAAGCGCACUUUAUCACUUGACCGUCUUGACGAUUGGGUGUACGAUUGGUGGAGCGGUGGAUCUACUUCUACCGGGAGUGGUCCAGCAACUACACGUUCGUCCGCUGGAAAAACAACCACAGCAACUUCUUCGACAGGGUUACCUGAUAUUACCGAACCACCUCCAUUAUCGGCGCUUCUACCGGCAGCUGGAGCAAAAGAUGAAUAUAUUAUGUCAGUUCUGCAACAAUUAUCGGCGCUUCUUCUAGGAUAUAUAGUCAGCGGCCUAAUUCGAAAAAGAAUGUAUCUUUAUCCUCCAUGUAAUUGAAAUUGUCCUAUAUCAUAAUAUCUAUGGAUUCAUCGCGCUCGAAGAAGGAAGCCGAAGCUCUAAUUAGAUCUACGACAUCGAGGUCGUCGCAGUUUACCCGCACGAUCCAAAGAGCUUUACACAGGGCCUCCUGGUUAUGCCUGAAGGGGAUGAUAGCGCCACUACGACUACAGUAGUCGAGCGAGACCUGCUACAACCACUCUUCGCCGAAUCCGUAGGUUUAUACGGAGAAAGUAGGGUCUUUCAGUAUCGCCUUGCUGCUGAGUCGAAACAGAAUGGAGAUGAAACGGAAGGUGUGAUGAAUGCACCACCAUUGGCAGAAUACAAACAAUCCAGGAGUGAGUUCGGGGAGGGACUAUUAAGGCUCAACUUUCAACGGUCAUUGGGGUUGGUCACUGAGAUCGAAGAGGCGACCUCCCCUUGAGAGUAGAACAGGGGGAAAUGAAGGGAAAACAAAGGGAGAGGCGUGGGGCCCUUUUCUUUCAGAAUCAGUGACCACUGACUGCUGACCUUUAAGACUAGCGUUCCAUAAGGGCUAUUUCUGGCAGCUAGUUUGGAAGCAGCGUGUUUUACACCAGUACUCGCAAGAUUUGAAGACAAGGAUAGCGACUGUGGCGAUCUUAUGAAAUUGUUGAACAAAAGACAAAUAUCACGUCGUCGUGAGCUUGGCCUAGUAGUGCUGCCUGUGAUCUUUAGUGUAGUUAGGUUAUCUUUUCACUUGUACUAUUGCAGCGUUUGUUGUAUUCUACGACUAAUCAUCACCGGUUUUGAGUUUGAUGACGGGUGGGGACUUACCAGUGAUGCAGAUUACCUCUAUGCCACCGACUCCGGGAAUAAACUCUACACGCUGAAAAUCGAAUUUGAAGGUACCAAGAUGAAGACGGAUAUGGACAAAUCUACCACAACUUUUACGGAUUUGUGCUUCUCUUUCUCUAUUUUAGAACGUAAUGAAUCUCCCAAUCGUCCCAACAUCGUCAGAUUCCAAGAACGUCUUGAAAAAUUGAUGUCCCACGACAAUCAAAGGGAAAACUUGUCUCACGAACACGACAAACAAAGGGACAUGAAAAGCUCCAAGAUCUGAGGUGUUAUCGCAUCAAAGUCGAUAAGAGAUUCACAGAUUCUUGGGGAGCAGCGGCUCUAAUACAUAUACAACUCCUGUGGCUGUAGCGGCCUCAAGUGUACGCGUAACAAACUCUGUGGCUGUGCGUGCCAAGUACAAUCGACGCAUCGAGAUGCUAAACGAGUUGGAGCGGAUUGGCUUGGGUCGAGAAAAAGAAGAUAUGGGCAAACCAAAACAAGAUGAGUCUUAGCAUGAACUUGAAAUUAUAUAUAUAUUCUCUUCCGCAAUCAAUCUACUACUGCCUGGAGUUAUCAGCAUAUCAGCAUUGUUCUCUCAUGUUAACGACGGGGAUCAUGGGAUCAUUUUUCUCGCAUCAGCAUAUUGAUUCAUCUCAAUCACUCAAUUAAGUAACCUAUUUUUCCUCAUCUUCUAAGGCUUUCUGGGGGAAUAUCUUCGGUUCCGAGUGUGUUGCUCGCGUUGAUCCUACUAGCGGAAAAGUCAAGGGUUUCAUCUUGGCGCAUUCUCUACGCAUGAACUAUGACGUCGGUCGCAGUGCGGAUGUUCUUAACGGCAUAGCGGUAACAACUUUGAAAAUUAUGGUCCUCGGGAGCUUUCGAUAAUUAUAUCCAUCUUUUUCGUUCUUAUUCUUGGCAUCUUGCUCGUACAUCAAUCCUUUUUCUUCCCUUGUAUUUUUCCUUUCGCGGCCGGGAAAUUAUAGGGUAUCGAGAGCAUUGCAUGGCGGGACGAAAAGGGUCGAGAUAAGGAGACCCGAUCCAAGAUGAAUAAAAGCCGUAGCCGACUCUAAGAAGUAUAAAAGAUCGACCUCAGCUCCUGAUGCAGUGAGACUCUUUCUUACCGGCAAACUCUGGAACAAGAUAUUUGAGGUUCGACUCAAGCCUUUUGCGGGUCAGCUGGACUGGAAGCAGAUCCGGACAAUGUGUGUCCCCGAAAAAAAUCUCUUUCACAAAUAA